AUGUCAUGCGCUUUAAAAAACUUUUUCCGAUUCUCUUCGGAGCAAAUUAAUCAAAUUGACAAGUUUCUUGAUGAAGAUCCACCAGUCUCGUCGGCCAAGGGGAGUCCAUCCAAUCGAAGUAAGCGAUGUGUACUUUUUAUAGUUUUUUGAUUUUUAGAGGGUUAUAUGCAAAAUCACUACUAGAGAGUAUACUGUAACUAAUGUAUACUUAUUUCUAGAAGGGAAGCCGUCUUCGCUGUUAACUCCAGAUGAUGAAGAUCUCUUGGAGAACAACUCGGAAGGAGAAGACAUCGACGACAAUGGAGAUAAAUGGCCAAACUGGGAACCUGACUCUGUAAUUAAUUCAUUUUUAUUUUUAAAAAGUAAAAAUCCACUUAUUCCUUCGUAAUAAUUAUCCGUAUGUUAUGAUUGCACUGUGCGUUAUUAAAAACUAUUUUCAGAGUGAGUUCAGCGAAAAUGAUGCGAAAUUGUCGAGUGUGGAGAGUAAAUGGCUUAGAAAUUGUAUGAUAGCCUCGUCAGCCAACCUUGAAGUAAUCGUUAUUGGAGCUGUUCAACGAUUUGUGGUGUUGGAGAGGUCCGAAAAGGACGAAAAACUUCGGGUUUUGUCCUGGGUUAGGAUGAAUAUGCAAGCUCAUGUAAGGUUUUUCGCCGAUUACGUUGUUGAUUCAUAGAGUCGUUAGUUUUCAUCCGUACCGUUACAGAAGGACGCCUUUAUCACCGCCAUUGAGGUCAUUUCCUUGGCCUCGACGCGCAAAACCGAAGCCUCAACUGUGGAUUGGCAUUGUCUAGCGGUCGCCUGCAGCUCCGGAUACGUUCAUUUCUAUACUGAUCGGGGAGUCGAGAUCCUCUAUGAGAAAUUCUCGGCAUAUCCGAUUAGGGAAUUGAGAUUUGGACCUUCAGUUUAUGAAGGGCAACAAGGACUGUCAGCAAUGUCUAUGGGAAGAGUGUAUAUUGUGGAAGGAAUGUCAUUGUUCCAUGGUCUCAGACACGCUAGGAAUGAAGUGAGUACGGGUUCGAUUUUUUUUAUGGUUUUUAGAUAGCUCGAGGAGAGAAAACCUUUGAAGAGAUCUGUAAUUCAUACUCUUUUAUUAGUCAUGCAGUGCAAUUAGACUAUCUGAAACAACCCAGUUACUUCCAAUUGUUGAAUGUUAGUCGUCCCGAAGACUUUGAUCGGUAUUUUGGAGCAUCUUUAAGUGAUUAUGGCGAAAAGGUGGGUCUUUUUUCCCUCUUUUUUGUCAUGAACAUUUUAGGCUAGGUUAACAAAAAGUGGCGCCUCAAAUUAUAUGAACUUAUUCUGCGCUACGAAUUCAAGUUAUGCCGCCUUCUUAUCGCAUGACAAAGAGACAGAAGGCACCAAUAUUCUCCAUGAGGCCUAUCAUACAAUCGCUGCUCAAGUAGGUCUCAUUUUUUAUGUGGAAACAGUUAUGUUGCAUAUUUUAACAUACGAACUCUUCAGAUGCCCUCAUUCGGAUUCAGAUCUUUAUUGGGAAUUGGAGUUUCAAAGAAAGACGGUCCUCAAAAGGAUUCUGUUGCGGAUGCCAAACUUGGAAAUGCUGACGUCUUGGCCAGACUAGUUGAUCCGGGUCGUAAAUGCGAGGCAACAGUAGUAGCUCCGAGGAAUUGGAAUCUAAUGGCCAUUUCGGAUGGGACCGCGAGAGUUUUGCUUUUGGAUGUGAGUUAUGUUUUACUUGAUGACUAAAAAAUUUUUAGUUUUAAAAAAGUUUUACUAGUCGCGACAUAAAGUCCGUAGAAUUUUUCGCGGCCCCCAAAUUCCGUCGCGCUCCGAAAUGUUGAUUUGUCGCUGCGAAAAACGGGAAUCGCGCGCGACAAUAAGGCAAAAUCAACAAAAUUGCACAGUGCAAAAUGUGUUUUCGGGUGAAUGCACAGUGCAAAAUGCUUUUUCGGGUUUAUGCACAGUGCAGAAAAUUCUACGGACUUUAUGUCGCGACUAGUAAAGCAUAAAUAAGUCUUCAAAGGCGUAUUUUACCCAUAAUUUGAUUAUAAUGAUAUGGAAAUUAUUUAUAGACCAAAUACCGCACAGUUGUUAGAAUUUGGAAAGGCUACCGUAAUGCACGGUGCGGUUUUAUCGAAUCCGCCUCUUCGGAUCUCGGAAUAAAUAAGAGAAAUAGAACCAAAACACUGUUCUUGGUGAUCUUCGCCCCAAAAAGAGGGCUUCUGGAGAUUUGGUCAAUGCAAAAUGGCCCCAGAGUGGCUGCAUUCAACGUAGACCCUAAGGGAAGACUGCUCUCAAUUCCGUCAAGCAGGGAUUCAACUUUGAUGGGACCCUCGGAAAAACAACUCUCUGGUCCUUAUAAUGAUGUUACUGUUGUGUUUUUGAGUUCAAAUGGAACUGCACAGGUACCUUGUAUUUCUCUUGUAUUAUUUUUGGCUUUUAGAGAAUCCAAGUUCCGUUUUAUUUGUCCGCUAUGGAUUCUACCGUAUCCCAGAUGCAUGAUGACAAUUUGCUGAAAGAUUUUAGUCAUUGUGAGUUAAACGAGAAUGGAAAGUUGCAUGUGGAAAAGGCCUUGGAGACUGUAAAAUCAUUGAAAUCAACUCAAAGUCGGAUCAAAUUUGUGGAUAAAUUGAUUGAGAAUUCGGAAGCUUGGAAGGUCAGCACUGAUCAGCUACUUGAUUUCUUGUCUGGGAUCAAAGAGGUGAGGAUUUUACAAUCAUUGAUUUUAACAUUUCUCCUUUUAGUUUGAUCAUGGGUUGAAAGCAUAUUCGGAGGCCUUAAUUCGAUUAUUAGAUGUGUAUUUUAUUUCCGUGCGGACACCUGUAGAAGAAAGACCAUCCGGCGCCUCGUAUGACACCUUGGUGCAAGAUCUCGGCAUAUCAGUUGAUGAAUAUAACGAGUUUUCCCUCGAUAUUAUACUUGAUACCCAAAGGAAACAAGAUCCUUUUGAGAAGUGCACAUUCUCUGAGUUCAGGCAGAUGUUUAGACUCAAUAAUAUGGUGGAAGCAAAGUGAGAUUUUCUACGUUUUGAUUUUGUUUUUUAGUGAUAGUAGUGAUCUGUUUUGUUUCUAGAUGGCUAGUGACGGCUGAGGCCGACGAAAAGUUCUUGGCCAGGAUCUUACUCCAAAAGGUGUUAUUCUUACGUAAGGAUGAUGUUAUCGGCAGUAUUCAAACCAUAUCGGAGAAAUUGAACUUGGAUCUGGUAAGCAAUACAAUAAGUAUGAUAAUGGUGAUUUUUAGAAGCUCUUGGCUAACUUAUUCAUUUCGGUAUGGCUCAGUGAAUGGAAUAUAAACCCUUGGGUGCUGCUGGAUAACGCUAAUGUUGUGAUGUCAUACUUCAAAGAUCAUUUACAUGACGUAAAGAUAAAUCAUCUGGCCGAAAGUUAUGCCAUCAAAAGGUAUGUGAAAGAUUUAUUUUUAUUCAUGUUUUUGUCUUUAGUGAGAACCCGGAAGCGUCAUUGAGUCUGAUGCUGGUCACCAGGUUCGUUGAUGGAAUGGUUCGCUUGAUGUCAGAUGAGUCGGUGGAAUUCGAAAAUAUGGACGAAACUACCAAUUCUUGGUAUCUGAUGACUAAGAAUUUAGUUGCCAACACGCUUCUCAGUCGACUGGAUGAAGAGCUGAGACCAUCUCUUGAGAAACUGACUUCGAAAGGCUUCGGAUAUUAUCGAGAGCAGGUAUGGUGACAGUAUUUUUGAAUAUGACUCGGAUUUUAGAUUGGACAAUGGGCAGCGAGCAAUAAUAUACCAGUGGAUUUGCUUGUAAGAGCGUUGAGAGAGAAUAAAAAAAUAAAAAUUGGUGGGGAAGAUGAAAAGGACGGAGAAAAUAAGGUGGAAGAAGAAAUGGAAAAGGAGGAAGACGAACAGAUGGAAGAAGAAUAUGCCAAAGAUUUCAAGAUACUCAAACGACUUCAAGAAAUUUUCCCAGAGAGUUUCAAUCGGUAAGAAUUUGAAUUAUGCACUAUUACUUGUCAUGGGUAAUAUAAAAACUCUACUUUUAGUGAUCUCUGCCUGUGCGAUUGCGUUUGGGAGUCGGCCAGUACGUGGUUUAAGGACGAAAAUAACAGGAAAAUUAAUUCGCUGUCUCAAUCAAUGUCAUAUCUGUCAGCUAUCAGCUCAUCUCCAAGACUUCGCCAUGGUCUUGCGUUUAUUUUAUGGGACACUUUUAUUCGAUCACCGUUCCAAAAAUUGACUCAAAUGAUUGUCGAAUCCCAUGGAAAGCCUCUGAAAGAACGACUUUUGAAACGAGAUGUUUUUGUGACGGAAUCCGAGCUUCUAGAAUUUGUAAAGGCGAUCAGAAACUUGCUGAAUGUCUUGCAGAAAAGUGUAGUUGAUCUGGAUUAUGCGCCACAUUUGCAGUUACAGUAUGAAGAGUUUUUGGAAGAUUACUUGGAGAGCUUCAAAAUCAAGUAAGCGAGGUCUGGGACUGAUUUUAUUAGCAUUAGAGGCAUGAUUAUAUUAUGAUGUCUUACAGGAAGAACAGAAAACACACCCUGGCCGAGCUGGUCUCAGGCCAAACCCCCGUGAAUUAUCAUCUAGUCCUCCAUCAUCUCCAUCUUGCCAUCAUUAUCGAGCUCCAAAUCGCCCUUGGCCUUCCCGUUCGUCUAGAGCAAGUUUUUGAUGGAAUAAUGCACCGAGCUUUCUUCGAACCCCUACAUUCCCACCCAUUGAUCCCGAUGUCUGAUACGGACGAUAGAAACAAAGAACGACGGCAAAAGUUCCUGGAAGAAAUAGUUACGGCCAUUGGAGUGGAAACGUCUCAGGAAUACUAUGAGAAAUGGGAAUUGAUCAAUCAACUGGCCAAGGAAUGGUCAUUGGAUCAGGAUUUGCUGAGAAUAAAAGAAGUCAAGAUGUUCUAUGAAUAUGGAUUCGAUCGAGAAGCCGAGAAACUGAAGGCCUCGGUGGGAAAACAGAAGCAAUUAGCGUUCGAGAUGAUCCCUCUGGCGCUGGGAAGAUUCAAAGCCUUGCUGGAUUCGAAUGACGAGUUGAAACAGAAGGCUCAAAGGAAACUGCGGCCUGGGUAAGAGUUUAUUUUGUUAUAAAAUGAGGAAUUCACAGAGUUUUCAUCUUCCAAGGAUAUUAGUUUUACCUUAUUUUACGUUAUCCUUUUUGCAGUUCUUGGGAAUAUCUCCGAGUCCUCUCCGAUCAGUUCCUCCCGACCUUUGAAGUCUCUGUGGACAAAACUCACUCCUUGAUGAGGACUGUCUCCAAUCUGCUCAACUACAAUCUCUCUGGGAGCCAAAACAAAAAUGUGAUGGAGAAGAAGAUGAUAUCCGACAUUUGCGACUUUCUGCAAUCCCUAAAGUGACAUAUCGUAUAGAUGAAUACAUUGUAACGUCUUUUAAUGUAGUUAUACGUAGGUUUACCCAUUUCCAAACUUAUUACGAGGUCUGAUUUUAUAGAUUUUUUUUAGUUAUUUUUGAUGGGAAACAUUGCCAUUUUUAGAGAAGAGCGAUGUUUUGUGUUUUGAGUUUUGUCAAAUUAGAGUAGUUGACGCAAUUGUAGAAAAAAUUAUGACGAUAACACUUGUUUUUGUUAUUCAUCGUAAAAGUAGUUGAGUUCUGCCACGAAAAUCGCCAAACUCAUUUUUUAUUUUCUUUUUUUCGUCAAUUAUUGGCAAAAUAUCGCAGGUUGAAGGUGGAAUUGUUUCUCUUUUGUAUCUUGUUUGUAAUUUCAAGACGGUUUUUGUAGGUUCUCAUCAAUUUCGUUUCCGGGUUUUUAGGAGAUUCUACCAGAUUUUGUGCCUUUUUCUUUUCGUUGUCAUAAUACUCUGUGAUUUUGUUUCUUACCGAUAAACGUGUACAUUACUGUUGUUGAGGCAAUGACAGAAAAUUAUAGAUUUGUUGACCUUUGCUUCUCGGCAGCCUUUUUUCCUUGAUUUUCUCGUCUUCGAUUGAUUUCUGCCGUUUUUCUGCUUUGUGGGGCUAAGAGUUGGCUUCAUUUCAUACAGUCCUAGCUUACAUGGACGUUCUAAGGGGUGUUUUACAACGGUUUAGAUUAUUUUUAUGGGGAAAACUUUGAUAUAGCUCUGAUUUCGUAUAUUAGUUUCUAAAAUAAGGGGAUUUCUCUCCCAUUUCCUUAUUAAAAGUUUAGAAUGCAGGGCCAAAUAACCAGUUUAAUCUUAUCGGCUAUUAUUAUGGCUGCAUUAUAAUAUUAGAAAUGCGCCGAUAUUUGCUCUUGAAUACUUGGUCCCGCCAAAGCUUUUCUUUUUUUGUCUAGCAUUUUCGACGAGAGGGAAAGCGCGUGGUGCGUCUCUUUUCUCCAUGCUGCUGUGCUAUGCACCCUGACGUCCGACUGGAUUUUUUUGUGGGGACUCGACGAUUUUCCUCGGUUUCAUCAAAUUUUCUUCUAGAACCUGACGCAACCUCCGGAUUCUCGUGCCCUAGCUGUGAUCGGGCCCCAAUUUUUAGUCGAAUAUUGUCCUAGACUUUCCUGUAUUUUUUAGAUAGAUUUUCAUUGAAAUGUCCCCUUUUUUCGCUGAAAAAUCCAAAAAAAUGGCGUUAUCUUGUGAUUUGGCGGAUUCUCGUCGGAAUACUCGGAAUGACUCGAAAUUUACACUUUUUUUUGGCACAGUAGGUCAAACAUGUCCUCGGAAUUUUUAUAGGGAGUCAGAAAAUAGCAAAAACAUGAUAAGACUUACGAGUUUCGCCCCUCUCCCCACAUCAGAUGUCAUGGAUAAUAUAGGGGUGUCGAGUCCGGUUUGUUCGAUUCAACCUGAGUUUUUUGACUUCCUAAAAGACUAUAAAUGCUAAUUCAAGGCCCGACGAUCAAUUUUUGAGUUGGUUUGGCUUUAAAACUUGUGAAAACCUAAGGCUGUUCGAGGAAGGAGAAGAUCUUUGGAUUCGUUUGGUCUUUGGAUCGCUUCUUGGUGUUUUGUCGUCGGAUUCACUCAAGGGUCCAACCAGGUAAGACUUUCUUUGUUUUCUCUUGCAAUUUUAGAUAUUCGGAAUAUGUUUUGGAGCUUGCUGUGUUCUUCAUGGCCUUUUUUCUGUGCUUAUAAAAUUUUCUGUGGUGGAGAUUUUUUUACUGCAAUCUUUUGGUUUGUUUAUGCAUGUUACGUGAACGGAUAAUUCUGCCGAUCUUCCACUCAUAAUCGCCGUUUUAACCCUUUUUUCAUGGCAUCGAUUUUUUGCUUUUCCGGUGUCUGAUCGGCUGUUUUCGUUAUCUUUUGUAUGUUGUGUUCUACUCCUCGUACUAAUUUGCGUUAUGGAUGAUUUGGUGUUGAGAUCUAAACUUUGCCUUUUCCAGAGUUCCGUAUUACAUUUACACGAGCGGUCGUCUGUACGUUGCACUCGAAUUGUUGGUCAACUUAUCGACUUUUUAA